UGCAGUACGGGAGAAGACCCCGCGGACUUUUAGACAUCGCUAAGGAAGCCUGGGAGAGUCAGCCUUCACCCCAUCGCACCAUCAUCGAGCACGUGGACCAAAUGAGGACCCGGAUGGCCCAAGUCUGGCCAGUAGUGAGGGAACACCUGCAACAGGCACAGCAGGCCCAAGCCAGAGUGUACAAUCGGGGUGCCCAGGUACGUGCCUUCCAACCAGGAGAACGUGUUCUUGUGUUGGUCCCCAGCGCAGACUGCAAGUUCCUGGCUAAGUGGCAGGGACCCUAUGAGGUGGUGACACGGGUCAAUGAAGCCAACUAUCAGGUACGUCAGCCUGGCCGGCGCAGGCCCCUACAACUCUACCAUGUUAACCUUCUUAAAAAAUGGCAGAGUCUUCCAGGACCGCCGGCGCAACCCACCCCGGCCCUUACCGCUCGGAUUCCGUUACCGAAUGUGCCCAUGGGAGACCAUCUCAGCCCGAGUCAGCUGCAAGACCUACGUGAGGUAGUGUGGCAGCACCUGGAUGUCUUCUCCGACCUGCCGGGCAGGACCGCCGUGGCCACCCAUGACAUAAGGACCGAGCCAGGAGUAACGGUUCGGGUGAAGCCGUAUCGUGUCCCCGAGGCGAGGAGAGAGGCCAUCAGGCAGGAGACUCAAUGACGCCUCCCAGUUCGAUGCCUAUCCUAUGCCCAGGGUGGAUGAACUGAUAGACCGGCUGGGAACGGCCCGUUUCAUCUCCACCUUGGACCUCACCAAAGGCUACUGGCAGGUGCCGCUGACAACUCGGGCCAGAGAGAAGACGGCCUUCGCCACCCCCGAAGGCCUAUAUCAGUACACCGUGUUGCCCUUUGGUGUCCAUGGAGCCCCCGCCACAUUCCAGCGGUUAAUGGACAAGAUUCUCCGGCCGCACCAAGGGUAUGCCGCAGCCUAUAUCGAUGACAUUGUAAUUCACAGCGACGACUGGGAGACUCACCUGAGCCGACUGAGAGCUGUUCUGGGGGCCCUUCGCGGGGCAGGCCUCACGGCAAACCCAAAGAAGUGCCGGCUGGGCCUAGAGGAAGCUUCUUACCUGGGCUACCGCAUAGGACGGGGCAACGUGCGACCCCAGGAUGCCAAGGUAGAGUCCAUUCUCAGCUGGCCAAGACCCAAGACCAAGCGCCAGGUCAAAUCAUUCCUAGGUUUGGUGGGGUAUUACCAGAGGUUCAUUCCCCGCUACGCAACUAUGGCAGCCCCCUUGCAUGACCUGACGAGAAAACGGGGGCCGGACAAGGUCAAAUGGAACACCGAAGCUAACGGGGCCUUUGAGUGCCUACGACAGGCUUUGUGCACCAAACCGGUGCUAGUAACGCCUGCCUUCUCUCUCCCAUUCCUAGUCCACACAGAUGCGUCGGAAGUGGGACUGGGCGCAGUACUAUCUCAGGUACGAGACGGAGAGGAGCACCCGGUGAUGUAUAUCAGCCGAAAGUUUCUGCCAAACGAACGCGCUUACUCUACUGUGGAGAAGGAGGCGCUCGCCAUAAAAUGGGCACUGGACAAGCUUCGCUACUACCUCCUGGGGCGGAGUUUCACCCUGGUGACCGACCAUGCCCCCCUGAAAUGGAUGGCGCAGGCAAAGGACUCCAACGCCAGGGUCACCCGCUGGUUCCUGACCCUCCAGGACUAUAAAUUCACGGUGGAGCACCGACCAGGGAAGGAACAUGCUAACGCGGAUGCACUGUCCCGGCGGGACGUUUGUAUGUGGGCGGGACGGCGGGGUCCCGGCUUUCUGCUGGGGUGGGGGAGUUGUGGCAACCCACGGGUGCAGGUCCCUAGGAGCACCAAUCAGCACCAAGGUCAGGUGCUGGAGUUGGCCGCCCACCUCCACGCCACCUACGACCCCCACGUCCUGGACCUGGGCCGCAGCGCAAAGAUCUCCGCGCUGGGUCGCAGUGACACCGUCCAUGACGCCGGUCUCCACCCGAACCGGCCCCAAGACACCAGGUUCGAAGCUACCCCAAUUCCAAACGAAUGGAGGAUUGUUCUAGUCGGGAAGACCGGAGUGGGAAAGAGCGCAGCAGGAAACACCCUCCUGGGGAGGGAAGCAUUUGAGUCUGAGAUGUCGCCAUCUUCCUUAACGUCUGAAUGCCAAAAGGCCAAGGGUGUUGUUGGAGGUCAAACGGUUGCCGUCAUCGACACCCCGGGGCUGUUUGACACCAAUUUUCCCCAAGAAGAAGUGUUGAAGAAGAUCAAGAUGUGCAUAUCUCUCUCUGCUCCUGGUCCCCACGCCUUCCUGGUGGUUCUCGAUCUGAACAGGUUUACCCAGGAGGAGCAGGUCACCGUCAGGAUGAUUCAGACCACUUUUGGGGAAGAUGCGGCUAACUACACCAUGUUGUUGUUCACACAUGGCGACCAGCUGGGGAGCCAAACCAUUGAGGACUUUAUUUCCGAGAGUCCUGAACUACUAGCCAUCAUUCAGCAGUGCAACAAUCGCUACCACGUCUUUAACAACGAAAUCAAAGACCAUGAACAAACCAGUCAGCUCUUGGACAAAAUUGCCAAGAUGACUAUGGCAAACGAAGGAACACACUACACCAACGAAAUGUUCACCAGAGCAGAGGAAGCCAUAGAAAAGGAGAAACAGCGACUCCUGAAGGAAAUGGAGACGAAGAGGAAGAUGGAGCUGGAGGAACUGAGAUCUCGAUAUCAGGAAAGGGACUACCGCAGGGAGAUGAAGCGGGUGAAUAGACAAUAUGACCAAGCCAGAUCUCAAGCCAGAUCUCAAGCGGAAAAAUCCAAUGACUUUGUCACUGCUCCGGCAAUAGCUGUGGCAACAGCCUGUGGUGCUGCUGUCGGAGGUGUGAUUGGGAUUUCAGGAGGUCCAAUCGGGGUCGUAGUUGGAAUCGCAGCUGGAGCAGCUGUUGGAGCUGCCAUUGGUGUGGGGUCAAUCAAAGUGUCAGAGCGCUGCCAUGUGCAAUAUAAUGUGGUCAAUGCAGGAUCACAGACGCGAGGUAAUGAACUCCGAAUCGUCCUGCUGGGGAAGACAGGAGCAGGGAAGAGCGCCGCAGGAAACAUCAUCCUGGGGAGGGAGGCCUUCGAGCCCCAACGCUCUUCCUCCUCCUGGACACUCCAAUGCAAGCGAGCUGAGGGAGAGGUUGGAGAUCGAAAGGUCACCGUCAUUGACACCCCAGGGCUGUUUGACACCAAGAUAUCCCAAGAAGUAGUGGUGAACAGGAUCAAGGUGUGCAUCCCGCUAUCUGCUCCUGGUCCCCACGCCUUCUUGGUGGUUCUGAAGCUGGGCAGGUUCACCCAGGAGGAGCAGGAGACUGUCAGGAUGAUUCACACCAUUUUUGGUGAGGAGGCGGCUAAAUACUCACUGGUGCUGUUCACGCAUGGAGACUAUCUAAAGACGCAGACCAUCAAAGACUUUAUAUCAAAGAGCAAGGAACUCCAGGAGGUCAUCGCCUUGUGCCACGGGAGAUAUGACGUCUUCAGCAGCCAAGUGAACCCCCAGGUGCAGUCCCACCAGCUGCUCGAGAAAGUUGUCAGAAUGAUGCAGAUGAAUGACGGAGGCCACUACACCAUAAAGUUUCUCAACGAAGCAAACAAGGCCUCAAUAAAGGAGCAAGACAGACUUUUUCAGGAGCUCAUAGCAGAAGAGAGGCAGAGGAAGAGGACCCUGGAAGCUGAAGUUGAGAAAGAAUUUACAGCAAAGUCAAAGAAACGAAGAAAGUGUGUUUUGCUGUAGACAUGGUGCUCUGCUGUUGACACGGUAUUCUGGCCACCCACAAGCAGCUCACAGAGCCGCUGGGGAAGCUUCAGUCUCACCACGUCUUUGUAGUCAUCUAGUGAAGCCGCAAACACAUUCAUGUGUUCACACUGGGUUUUGU